AUGAAGUUCGGCAAAUAUUUGGCGUCUCGCCAAUUGGAACUUCCCGAAUACUCGGGUCACUUCAUUGACUACAAAGCUCUAAAAAAGCUCAUCAAACAAUUGGGAAUGCCUGCUGAAGGAUACGAUAGCAUAUCUCCAAUGACUCCAGAUCAGGUACAGCAGAAGUUGAAGGAAAACAAGGCGUCGUUUUUUUUCCGUGUUGAGCGAGAGUUGGAUAAGGUCAACUCUUUCUAUUUGGAGAAACAGGCCAACUUGGCCAUCAACUUGGACUUGUUAGUGUUGAAAAAGAACGAGCUUCUAACCAAGAGCUACCAGUUAGCCAAAGAUUUGACAGACCCGUCCACCUUGAACUUCAAAAACUCCAUCUUGUACUUGAACUUGUACCAGAGCUUCAAGAAGAUCCACCAGGACUUGAUUCGCUUGCAGCAGUUCAUCGAGUUGAACGAAGUUGGCUUUCUGAAAGUCAUGAAAAAAUGGGACAAACGGUCCAAAUCCCACACAAAGGAGUCCUUCCUUCAGACGGCUGUCAAUGUCCAGCCCGUUUUCCACAAGAGCGAAAUCAACGAACUAAGUGAUACUGUUACACUGUCCCUUUUCGACUUGGAGUCUAUUGUGGACGGAGACUACUCAGUAUUGAACAAUUAUAAGAAUGCUAGAAGUCCGCCUCAGCCCACGAGAAGCUCGUCUAUUGUCAAAUUGGAGCGUGAGUCCCUUGACCAAGAACAGGAGAAAGAUUUCGAGACGGGGUCUUUCAGCACGCCAGUCCUGGAUUCCAUCACCGGAUUCCAGAACAGAGAAAUCGACGAGUUGUAUUCGAGUUUCGUGAACGUGGCCACCAUCAAAGUUCCCGACUUGUCUGUAUUGGCAAGGUGGGUGGAAAAAGUCAGAUCCACCAAUACUGAAGAAGCACGAGCUAACACCAAGUUCAAGCUCUCAAAGAUCUUCCUUCUUUCUCUUAGCAACUUGAAAAUCUCAGACUCCUUUUUGGAGUCUUUCUUGCAUCUCGUGAACCAUGACAUUGACUUCGAGUUCAUUUCCAACGACUUCAACAAUAAUAAGUCCAUGAUUCACGAAUGCUGUUCCAUUCCUCCAGCUUCCACCUUGGAAAGUAAUCUGCAUGUGAUCAUCAAUAACGGAGUGAAGGUGGUCAAUUCCACAGACAGCAUAAAUCACUCUCGGCUUUUCAUCGUGAAACAUAUCGUGGAGGCACUUUCUCCCGAGGCGCUCUCUAAAUUGCUCGUUUGCAAAGAUUUCAACGGCAGAACAUGUUUGCACUACGCCUCGCAAAACAACAGAUUGGAUCUUUUGGAAAUAUUGCUUCCCUACUACCCAAAGUCGCAUAUUGAUGACUUGGAUAAUGAAUCGAUGUCUGCAUUGCUUUUAGCGAUAAAGUUUGACUAUUUCAAAAUAAUCACCAAGCUUAUCCAAAAUGGAAGCAAUUGUUUCCCCGAAUUCAGCGAAUCAGCUCCUCAAUACUUGCCAAUUAACUAUGCGUGCAAAUUUGGAAGCUAUGAAACUUUGGAGUUUCUCCUCAGCUCAAGUUCUGCCACACCAGAUAAAGUCAACAAACAAGACGUAGAGGGCCUUUUACCCCUCCAUGUGAUUGCACGGGCCGGAAACUUUAAGCUUAUCAAAUUAUUGUACCAUUACGGUGCUAGUGUUAAUCAGUUAGAUGGACUCAACAAGUGGCCACCGAUCUUUUAUGCGGCACUGGAGGGACAUGUUAAAACUACGAAAGAAUUGAUCAAGUUUGGUGCCAAGCUUGACAUCGUCGAUGAAGACGGCUACAAUGUAUUAUAUUAUUGUGUUGUCGAAGGUCAUAUCAAGGUGUUGAACCAGCUAUUGUCCUACCGGAACUUCAACUCCAGUUCGCCUAAUGGUGACACUACGAUGAGCUCCGUUUCUCCACUGGAACAAGGUUCCCUUCUGUCUGUAACCCAAGGAGCAGGAAUGUCCAUUUUUGACGAAGGUGAAGAUUCUGAAGACAAUGGGCCAAUCGACAAGAACGUGGAUGCAAUUCCACAUUUAGAGCUUCCUCCGCCUAUCUUGCCAUUGCGUCGUUAUGGCCACAACUUCUUGGAGCAAAAAGUCCUCAUUGAAUUGAUUUUCCCCAAUGAUUCAAACUGCAUCAACUUGUUCAACUCCGCAACGGAUUUGAAGCCGGGACGGAUUACGAUCACAUCCAAUAUCUCAGACAUUGUCCCUAGAAACAUUCUUCUUCCAGCAACAGAAGAAAGCAAAGGGACAGCAAAUUGCAUUUUCCAAACGGAUGCAGAAUCUUUGAAUGAAUUCCGUAUUGACUUCGAGAUUUUCCCUAAAUUUGGUACUCGGUUGAUCUCGAAGACUACAGCCUUAAACUUUUCCCAAAUUGACACAUCUUCGCCUGAGAUUAACUCCAUAGUUUUACCUCUUUUCGACUUGAGACUCAAGAACAUCGGCGAACUCAAGUUCAAUUAUCAGGUCAUCUUCCCCUUUUCAGGAACGUUGUUGGAAACUACAAAAUACGAUACCUACUGGAAAUCUUCCACAUCAUUUGUCAAAAAUCGAGCAGUCACUAAAUUCAAUGCUGCCGGAGGUUUAUCACCAAAUAACUUCCUAUCACCAACAAACAUCAACACUAACUUCUCUAACCUCCACAAAAAUGGAAACGGAUCUCAAGGGCAAGUUCACGAAGCCAAGACUCCUGUCGUUAGUUCGACUUCCUCCUUUGUUACAGCAACAUCAUUGUCUGGCGAUUAUUUGAAAAUUAAAAUCUGUAUGCUUAAUGACGGAACUCCUGUGGUAUGCCCACAUUGGGCUAUUUCAGUGGCGGAGAAUAUCGAACUAUUUUUGCCCAAUUUGUCGUUGGAUCAGCUCACUCUGAUCACUACCAAUUUGUUUGAUUAUGAGAAAGUCUUGGCCGAUUUGAAGGAAAUGACAACAAGUGAUCUUGGCCUCGUUAAGAAGCUUUUGAAAAUCAUCUUUCUUCCAUUGGAAACCGUGCUUCAAUAUUUGAACAGCAGCAUUAACCUUGCAAUUGAAUUUGUCUUCCCUUCUCUUUAUGAAUUGGACAAUAUUCCAUUCGCGGGCAAUAUUCAACUGAGCCUCAAUACUUUUAUCGACUUGACGUUGAACCUGCUCUUCAACCACAUAAGGUCGCUGAAAUUAUCACAGACACACGGUGGUCGCUCUUUCAUCUUCCUCUCGUCUAACUCCAUAAUUUGCAAGAUUUUGAACUGGAAACAGCCCAACUUUCCCGUGUUUUUGGUUAUGAAUGGUAUUGUUUUCAAUAAUGCCAAGGGCGUUUUUGAGGCCAGAACGGCGAACGGACUCUUAAUGGACGAUUUGGAGAACGAAAGUUCUGCCCAAACUCAGCACUUGAAUACAUCAACACACAGCAGAAUAAAGCACCAGCUACUUGCAAAUGACCAAGAACUCACUAUUAGAUCUAUAAAGGAGGCGGUGAAUUUUACCAUUGACAACAACUUGAUUGGAAUCAUUACGUCGAUCAAUUUGCUUAACUUGGUGCCGAAGCUCAUUCCUUUAAUCAGAUCAAGGGGUUUGAUUUUAGUGGCUUCCAAUGAUUUCCUCGACCCAGAAGGCGAUGAUGACUUUUCUAACAAAGAGUUGGACACAUACAACAAAACGGAGAUAAACGGAUUAAGGUUUGAUGACAUGCUUAGCUUCAAAGAUAAUGCCAAUAAGACGCAUUGA